CAACGCGCGCGCUCACAAUCUGUCACCGUGCAGACGUACUCGUGCACGUUCGGUUGUUAUCCUCUUCUGAUUGGCUUGGGGAGUAUAUUUACGGAAGUGGUACGGGUCCGCAGGAGCUAGCUUACCUCCUCUUGGUGAUUAUCGGCUAAGAUGCAGUCAGACGACUUCGUAUCGUCUCUGAAAACCGAUUUGUUUAAAUCUUCCGGGACGUUUCGUGUUCUUGUGGGUGUAACAGGAAGCGUCGCAGCUUUGAAACUGCCAUUUUUGGUCUCCGAGCUCCUUCAGCUUUCCGGGGUGGAUGUAAGAGUGGUCACUACAGAGCACGCCAAACACUUCUACAAUCCUUCAGAUGUUUCUGUAAAGAUUUACACUGACAAGGAUGAGUGGGAGCUAUGGACACAAAGAUCCGACCCUGUGCUGCAUAUUGAGCUGAGACGCUGGGCAGACCUGCUGAUCAUUGCCCCUCUCGAUGCCAACACUCUUGGAAAGAUUGCUAAUGGCAUCUGUGACAACCUAUUGACAUGUGUGGUAAGAGCCUGGGAUACCAGUCGACCUCUCCUCUUCUGUCCCGCUAUGAAUACAGCUAUGUGGCUGCAUCCCAUUACGGCUCAGCAGGUAUCCCGGCUAAAAGAGUUCGGAUAUGUGGAAAUCCCCUGCAUUUCUAAGAAGCUAGUCUGUGGGGAUGAAGGUAAAGGCGCCAUGGCAGAGGUAUCGACUAUUGUCAGUUUUGUCAGGCAAUAUCUUCCAAAACCAGUUGAGUCGUCGCAGAAAACCUGAAGUUUUCCUGCCAAAGCCAACAGGCUCUUACAAACUAAUGCAGAGGAUUAGCUUUCACACUUUUUUCUAAAAGGUUCUCAACAUUUAUAAUCCACCCAGUAUAGUUUCUUUAUCCUUUUUAGGCUGGUGGGGAUUAUAUUAGUAUGUCACUGAAUCUCUUGUCUAGUUGAAGCUGUUUUUCUUGUUGGGACAGAGACCUAACGAGAAGAAUCCUCUGCUACUUAUUGGCAUACAGUGUCUGUCACUCUGAGUAACAACUAAGAAGGGAUUGUGUGUGUCUUAACUGUUUAUAGCACUUCAUUUUAAAGUAAAUUUCUAUGCAGGGAUCUUCUGACUUUAGCUUAUUGCCUCCUCUGCAGUCAUGUGCAUUAACAACUAUGACUUGUGCUUGGAAUCAUUGUCCUGUUCAAAGGUUCAAUGAAACCCAAGCUUCAGCUCCCUCACAGACAGCAUGGUAUUUUCUCCCAGGAAAUCCUGGUACUUGAUUGGAUGAAUCUUGCUCUUCACACACCACAGGUUUCCAGUACCAGAGGAAACAAACCGCUGACCUAUUGGCCCGAAUAGUUUCAUGUUUUGAGCUUUAGGUUCACAGAACAGGAUCCCGAAACCUCUUUGUCUUAUUUAAACUGUAAUGAUCAUAAUGGCGCUAACUUCCCUUAUGCUUCUGGGUCACAAGUGGUGUGUGUCUUGUUCAGGCGUGGAGUGUUAAGCAUUUAGGACAUGGCUUAUUGCAGAACCUGAAAACUCAGUGGCUGCUGCAGGUCUGUUGGAGUCACUUGGAGGUUUUUGUCCACCUGCCUUCUGAGGAAUCAGAUGUCAGCUGUUAGCUUCAAACUGUUUCUAACGUGAACUGAAACAUGCGUUCAUCAACAAUCCAGAUAACUGAGGUGCAACUAAUAAAUAUAUUUUGUCAACCUUGUA